ACUGUUCGGCUGUGGGAUGCAGGGACGGGGGAGCCAGUCGGUCAGCCCUUGCGGGGGCACACUGAUUCAGUUUGGUCGGUCUUGUUCUCGCCGGACGGCACUCGCAUCGUCACUGGUUCAAGGGAUAAGACUGUUCGGCUGUGGCAUGCAGUGAUGGGGCAGCCAUCGCAACAGUGCGCUGAGUUAGGUCAUCCAGCAUUCUCAGAUGAACAUCGCACGAUCGAAGCUGCCACUACCAUGACAUUGAACACUCCGAACAAUCACUUCAUUCGCUUCUCUGACAGUGGAUGGGUGACAGGACCCAAGCGUCGGCUGUUAUUUUGGGUACCACCCGCUUCUCGACAUUCAUUUUGGAGCCCUGGAACUGCAUUGGUGAUACCCAGUGGUGCUGAGCUUGAUUUGAGCCGCAUGACACAUGGACAACACUGGCAAAAGUGCCGAGAGGAGUGA